GGGGAGGGCUGCCGCGGUCCUGGCUCUCGUGCCGCAGCCAGCCUGCCCUGCGCGAGCCCCCGGGGCGCGCGGCCCGGACAGUCCCUGCGCCUGGGGCUCUGGUACCUGCUCCCGCAGCGCCCCCGCUGUGGCGCGUCUAGCUCCUCUCCCCACGCAGGCGGGGCUGUCGCGUCUGUGUAGCCCCCACGCCGCCCCUCCGGCGGGCCCAUCUCCGCUCGUAGCGGGCGCUGUUGCUGCCUGGUGACCUCCCCAGCGCCCUGUCCCACGCACACGCCACCCGCGCCUCUGCAGGGGAGGCUGCGGUUACUCCUUCCAUCUCUGCCUUGCACCCUCCGGUGCGGGGAGGGGUCUAGUCCUUGCAGGCAGCUUCAGUGGCCAAGCCUGGGACUGAGAUAAUGGUGCUGUCUCGGGACAGGGCUUGCUGCGUCAUUAGUGCUUCCAGCGCAUGUGGGAAUUCCGUGGGGACCCCAGCCCAGGGAUCCUGGAGCUGUAGUGGGAUCAUCUUGAGCCAGAGUCCAGGGAUUGUGUUGUGCCAUGGAGCCAUCUUCUCUCCUUUCCUCUUGGAGGAGGUGAUAGCAGCAAAGCAAGGCAACUGGUCCCAGUGCAGUGUCCUGCUGGCGAACAGCUUCUCCCCAGAUCUUCAGAUUCAGGUUCUCUGGGCUGCAGAAAGUAGAAGCAAAGGGAAUGGUAAGGGUGUGUUGGGUAAAGAUUUAGGGGCCUGCAGCCCAGCUCUGGGGUUCAAUCCCCUUUCAAACCAACAGGGAUCUCCUGGCACCCUCAGGCAGCAUGAGGCCAAGCUCCUUAUGAUGGUGCCCUGCCCAGAGUUCCAGGACACUUUCUCCAAAGUCUUCACCAGGGCUGAGCAGUGGCAUUUCUGUAGGAGUGAAGAUGAGCAGGAGCAUGGGGCACUCUUGGAUGAUUUGCGCUAUCUGCAUUGGUUUGCCUUGCUGGAAAUCCCAGACCUCAGCUCACCUGGUAUAGCUCAAGUGAGCUGUGUGCUGGCUGAGUCAUUGAGGAAAGGUGACAUGCUAUUUGCCUGUGGUUCCCCUUUUGGUUCAUUUUGCCCAGACAUUUUCAUUAACACGCUUAGUAAAGGGAUAGUGAGUAACCUAGCUGGAAAAGGCAAUGUCCUUAUUCUGACUGAUGCUCGUUGCUUGCCUGGCACUGAAGGAGGAGGGGUCUUUGCGUGCUCUGAAGAUGGUUUUAAUCUGGUUGGAAUAAUUGUGGCUCCACUUUGUUGGAAGGCCAAUGAAUGGGUUGGAUUGACGUUGGUUUGUUCAGUUGGCCAUAUUCUGGAGAAUGUCAGGAGUGCCUGGGUUGGGUCUAGAAGUUCUAUGAAAACCCGGUGGCCUCAUGUGCAAUUGGUUGCUAAGCCUGUUGGGAAGAUGGCAGUCAGCCCUGGUCCUGCACAGUAUCUCCUGUCUGCUGUGGUGUUGGUGGAGUGUGGUCAAGUCUGGGGAUCUGGCGUGCUGGUCAAUUCAAGGCUAGUGUUGACCUGUCGACAUGUGGUAAAUGAUGCCUCGGAUGUCUGUGUAAGGGUACAGCCCAGCCCUGAAAAAUGUUUCUUCAUGCAUCUGGGGUGCAGUCUCAGGGGCUGUGUCCUUAAAGGGAAAGUGGUGUUUACUACAAACGAUGAUUCUCCCUAUGACAUAGCAGUGGUAGAACUAGAAGAAAGCUUACUGUGUUUUGCAAAACCUGUUUUAGCUACCAAGUUUGGUGCAGGAGAAGAAGUGAGUGUUGUUGGCUUUGGUGUGUUCGGACAGAGCUGCGGCCCAUCAGUGACAUCAGGAAUCUUGUCAGCUGUGAUCACGGUGGAUGAGAAGCCAGUGAUGCUUCAGACAACCUGUGCGAUUCAUGGUGGCUCAAGUGGGGGGGCCCUUUUCUCUACAAACAGCGGAAAGCUCCUUGGGAUUGUUGCUAGCAACACAAAGGACAACAGCAUUGGGGCUACAUACCCUCACCUGAACUACAGUGUUCCCAUCACAGUUCUACAGCCAGCAGUCUUGGAGUACAGCCGUACUGGAGACCUGCAUGGUUUCCAGGAGCUGAACAGGGCCAAUGACAGAAGCAGACUUGUGUGGCGGCUCCAAAGAAAGACCACAGAGGUACCACACAGCAAGCUAUGAGGCUGGCCAUCUCAGAGAAGAAAGGUAGAGCUCUCCUGUGAGCAGGAUGUUUUAGGGGGAAGGGGACUUCACACAAUUCAAUGUUGUAUAAUCUGUAGCUAUGUUGAAUUUGCCAUAAAUUGUCCACGGUCUACCUGAAGGUGUGGUGUGUCUGGGGCUGACCAGCUGUCCUGAAAUCAAUGAUGUUAACAUUGGUUCUGGCUGAACUGAGUGAAAGCAAAAGAUGAUGAGCAGCUGUUGUACUGGGCAGAGCCAAUCAGAGUAGAACUAUAGAAAUGAACUGUAAUGAUUCCAUGGGUCCCUGACCAGGCUGCAGACUCUGCAUUAGGUGAGAUCCCUGGAUGAUGGCAUGUUCCUCUCUAUCAUUCCUGGAAGUGCUGUCCCCAGGAGUGCAAUUCCCUUCAGCUGCAGACACUGACUAGCUAUUCUUCAUUAUUUGGAGGUACUGAGGAGGCAAGAAUAGUGAUUGCCUGGCCAUACAUCUUAGUGAAAGGGUGGUGUGACUUUCUGGAAGUACUUAGUGUCAGCAGGAGGGAAGUGAAUCGCUCAGGAUGCUGAUGGUGCAAGGAACAUAACCAGGAGUCAAGGGUUGGUUUUUUUUUGUUUGUUUUUUGUUUCCCCCCCCACACCCACACCCACAUAACAAAAUAGAAGCUGUGGGAUUGUAUUGUGUGAGACGUCUAAAGUCCUAUCUGGGUGUAGCACUAACACAGAUGGGAAUAAUCCUACAGUGGCAGAGGAUCAUCUGAUGAGACUCUUCCAUCUUUAAUGUCUCCUUCAGGAUAGGAGAUGAAAGCAUAGCUGUUGGUGAGAGAAUUUGUAGUUCAGAGCCCCUGGGUGUAUUAGAGGCCCAUAGGUGUCCUACGGAUUAGCUAAUCCUACACCAUCUCUUAUUGUUCAGCUCCUUCAGUGUUUUGGCAGUGAGUUAUUUGGGGGGUAGAGAUGUUUUCUCUUGUCUAUUCAAGUAUGGUUUUAACUGCAGACUAUGGAGUACUGGAAGGGAAAUCAAAAGACUAUUGCCCUGAAGAAAAGGCAAACAUCAGGUCUAAAUGUGAAUGCAUUUACCUUACACAUUUUUACCAUCUUCCUUUUCUCUUUUGCUACUUAAAAUAAACUGUUGGUAAAGAUUA